UGCCUUGUAGGACUGUAAAAAGAACAGUAAGAAGGGGGAGAUUCAGGAACAGCAUUGGACACCGGCGGAGCAACUUUAGGAGAAGCAGACUUGAUCUACGAUCCAGAUUUCGAUCCCGGUGCGCAUCAAAGUAAUAUGCUGCGUUUAAUUGGCCGUGCAGUGGGCCAUUCAUUUCUUGAUUAUUUUCUUAAACCAUAUUGGUCUGAUAUGUGGUUAAAAGAAAGUCUAGCUGUCUUACUCGAAGCAUAUAUCGUCGACCAGGUUUACCCAACUGCACGGAUGACGGAUCUGUUAAUAGUUCAAACUCAACACGAAUCUCUUCGUUUGGAUACUGAUUUAAUAAUGAAUCUUCUAGCAUCAGAAACAAAUAAUUCCUCUGAUUUAGUUCUUUUUUUUCUUCGUUACAUGAAAGUACCAUUCAUACUGCGCAUGACACAGCAAGUGCUCCAUGAAAAUAUAUUCUUCGACAAUUUUACCAACAAAUAUGAAAAUAAUUCAACUCUGGAGGAUUAUUGGUAUCAUAUGCAACAUGUUGUAGAGACAAUAAUAUUUAAUUAUAUAAAUAAGACAAAAUGCUCGUCCAUCAUUCUUCCAUUAAAAUAUCUAAUAAACACUUGGAUAACGCAACCACCUCCUGUGUUAAAUGUGACACGAACUUAUGAGGGCGCAGUGUCAAUACAGGCAGAUUAUUCUCAAAGUGAACAGAAUAUCUACAUUGAGAACAAGUUGCUUAUACCUGUUACUUUUGUUACGCAAAAUUAUUUUUAUUUGGCACACGUUUGCAAUGGAGUCACAUGGCUAACACCAUUUCAAAACAUGGUUUUUAUAUUUGGGAUUCCUGCAUCUGAUUGGAUUAUAGUUAACUCACAGCAAGCAGGAUACUAUCGUGUUAAUUAUGAUCUUUUGAACUGGUUGCAUAUUAUCAAUUAUAUGAAUUCUGAAAAUUACGAUAAAAUACACGUUCUCAAUCGUGCUCAACUUAUCGACGACUCGUUUAACUUUAUGAUUACACAAAAGUUUCCUCCUGACUUGUUUUGGAGACUAACGAAAUAUCUAUGGCGAGAAACAGACUACAUAGCAUGGUAUCCUAUGUUUAAAGCUCUCGAAUACAUGUCGAGUAUCCUUGCAUUUAAGUCUGACCAAAAAUUGUCUAAUUUUACGCAUAUGAUGACGAAAACUUUCGAUUUACUUUUGGAGAUAAAUUAUUUAGAAUACAGAGAAAGAGACAUAAAUGACGAGAGUACACUUAUUAAAAGUUUAAGGCUGGAAGCUAUAAGAUGGGCAUGUAUUUUUGAAAGUCCAGCAUGUUUUUCUAAUGCUACGCAUCAUUUAAAAAUUUUGCUUGAACAUAUCGCAAAUUCUACACCAUUAGAGAAAAAGAAGUAUUCAGCAGAAUGGACAGUUUGGACAUUCUGCAAUGGUUUAGUAAAGGCAGAUCGGGAAACUUGGAAUAAUGUAUUAGUGAUCUCUCAAGAUGAACUUCCAUAUGUGAAAAGACUUUUGCAAAUUGCUUUACCAUGCAGCAACAUUUCUGAUAUUAUUUUAAAUUAUUUGCAGGCAGCAAUAAACAACGCCGAUAUUGAAAUAAUUCUUUCUAUUAUUGUUAAGCAGGCAAAUAAAGAUGUAGUACUUGUGGAGAUAUUAAGUAAAUUUGAGCGCAUACAACUUAGCAAAAUAAAUAGGCUUGCAUUAUUAUGCGUUAUUAUUAACAACCUUUAUACAAAUCGGCAAUUUGAUAAGAUAAAAGAUUUCGCGAAACUUCAUCUAACGCAGAAUAGUACAUCAAUUUUUGUCGAUGAAAAGUUCAUGAUGAAUUCCAAUGUUACAAAGCAAGCGCUUGAAGAUAUUUUAAUGAAAAUAAAUUUGCGGCAAUUGCAAUUGGAACGCACAUACCAAAAGUACAUACAAUAUUUCGGGUUCUAACUUAGAAAAGUGAGCACGACUUAAUUGUCAAUGAUCUGCAAUCUAUAGUAAAUGUAUCUACAUGCAUUGAAAAUUGUUUGUUUUUUUUGUUAUCUUU